GAAAUUUUUAAGGAAAUGCUAUAUAUCCAUGGUGGCUAACAUAAGAGCAUAGAGCCCCUGGGAACCACCAAAACUAGGGGAGUUUACCCCCUCCCUCAGGCUCUUCUCCACAGACCUUUCCUGGGUGUCCCCCUCCCCAGUGGGGCAGACCUGGACGGGGAGAGCGGCUGAUUCUCCAACAGCAUCCUACCUGGAUCCUUCUCCUAUUUGGAACAAAAACCUUAAGCCACUGGGGGAAGGAGAGCAAACGCUGUCACCCUCCAAGCACAGGUGAAGACCCAUUGCACCAAGGGAUUGAGAAAAGGAAAAAAAACUCAUCCAUUCCUGGGAAGGGGCGGGAAGCUGACCUGGGGCCAGGUCAUUAGAGGUGUCGUGCAACCCAUCCCUGAGACCCAGGACCAGAGGGCCUGCCUGAGACCGAGGCUGAGUGGGGACAACAGAGGACCCAGCCCCACCAGGCAAGCAGUACUGAGUGACAAGGGCUGCAGGCUACCACUGGAGGUGGGACAGGAGUGUGUAGACGCCCUGUCUGAGGCACAGAGGCCCAAAGCUGAGGGUAGAGAAGAUAAGGCUGAAGGAGUCUUCACUAUAAGCACAAAGUAACACUAGAAAAAUGUGAACUCAGUGAUGCCCUGGGGAUAACCAAAUCAACUACAAAAUCAAACCCACCUCGACUCCUGACUAGAUUGAUUCAACACCCCCCACAAAAGGCCUGGCAGAAGAAGAGAAUGCUCAUUUUCAUGCAUAAACUCUGCUUACCUCUCUACUAUCUAUAGACAAUAUCCAGCUUCUAGCCAAAAUUGAGAUACAGGACAAAGCAAGAAAAAAGGAAAAAAACAGUCAAGUCAAAAAGUCAGCAGUACCAGAAUCAGCUCUAGGUUUUACAUCCAGGUCUGUGGUCCAUUUUAAGUUAAUCCUUCUACAUGGUACAAGAUGGCAUCCGAGAGAGAGCACCGCUCCCUGGGGGUGUUCGAGUGCCACCUCUGUGCCUUGACAGCUCCGUACAGCUACCUGGGGCAGAAACCUCCUGACACGCAGUCUGUCAUCCUCCUGGAGGAAAGCUACGUCAUGAAGGAUCCCUUCACCUCUGACAAGGACAGGUUCCUGAUCCUGGGUUCGCGGUGCAGUUUAUGCAGCCGGCUGGUGUGUGUGGGCCCGGAAUGCAGUUUAUUCUACUCCAAGAGGUUCUGUCUCCCCUGCGUCCAGCAGAACAUUGAAGCUUUCCCUCAGGAAAUUCGGCAAGACCUGGCCAAAAGGAAAGCCGCCUCCAAGAUGCCCUCCGGCAAGCCCCGCCCCCAGACGUGAGGCGGCCGGGUGCCAGGUCAGCCAGUGGGGUGACCGUGACCGCGUCUUGGGGUGCUGCUUGCUGGAGCCACAGGGCCUGGCCUCGUAUCCAGGCAGCAGGGGCAGUGGCUGCAGCCCAGGGGAGCAGCGGAGGCCACUCGCAGCAGCCCCAGGCCGGGGACCUGGGCAGAGCAGGACCCGGAGGCAGACGCCAGGCCCAACCCCCAGCUGGGCGCCCAGGGCCUUCUCCCUGCUGGGGCCGUGGAGGGCAGUGGGCACCGGCUGGUGGGCCUGGAGUUGGAGGGGCUGGAGGGGCCGCCCAGGCCGGUGGUGGGCCCUGUCGCUCUCUCCCUUCCGGGGCUGGGGUCCGGCCUGUGCGAGGGCUCCGGCUCACCUCCUCCGUCUGUGGCACGGGCAGCAGGGCCCCUCGCUGUGCCAUAUCCCACGAGCUGGGCCGAGGGCUGCGAGACCCAACAGACACUGCAAUGAGCUCCUUUUUUUAAGGAAAAUCAUCAACAGUGGCCACUUUCUUGGAGUGAGAUCAGGAAGUCUGGAGAGGGGAUAGGAUUGUAUUUUAUAUCCUUGUGUAAUGCUUGAAAAACGCUGUUUUGUCUUGGCUAUAACUUAUUUCAAGACCAAAAAACGGGUUCAUUUUUUGAAAAGUAAUCUUUCACCUGAAACCUCUGUGAGCUCCAACCUUUCCCCUGACACGCAGGAGCUGGCAUUGGAUGCGUCUCGUGGGGAGCUGACCAUGGGGCUUCCAGUCUUUUCUGCUCCCUCAGGCUCUGGCUCCAGCCCCAGACCCGGCUGCAUUCCCCACCCACCCCCAGCCCCCCUCAGCUUCCCACACUCACGCCCUCGCCUCAGCCACUGUGCACCUUGCCCGCUUCCUCCCCAUGGACUGUGAAGUCCAGCGCCCACGGCCAUGGGAUGUUCCUGUGGCAGCCUUGCCCCCCGUGGCAGCCCCGUCCCCCAUGGCAGCCCCCGUCCCCCGUGGCAGCCCCUGACACCGUGGCAGCCUUGACCCCCGUGGCAGCCCGUCCCCCAUGGCAGCCCCUGUCCCCCGUGGCAGCCCCGUCCCCCUGUGGCAGCCCCGUCCCCCUGUGGCAGCCCCCGACCCCCGUGGCAGCCCCCGUCCCCCGUGGCAGCCCCGUCCCCCUGUGGCAACCCCGUCCCCCUGUUGCAGCCCCCGACCCCGUGGCACCCCUUUCACCUGGCAGCACCUUUGCCUCUUGUGGCCUCCAGUGGCCACUGGUGUCCCGAUUACCUGUGAACUCGCCUUAUGCCCAGUGGUUCGCAGUGGGCAGGACCCGCUGUCUUAUUUUAUAAUUACUGAAAGUCCAACUUUCAGUGUUUGAUGAAAGAAUGAAUAAAAAGCUUUUACUGACUGAUUUGUGCACUGGAUUUCAGUUUAAAUGUUUAAAAUGUAAUAAAAA